CGACUCCUCCAAAGGCUGCGGUGGUUUUCUCUCGCGUUAACGCCAACAGACUGUCAAAGAAGACACGUGUUUAACUAACGAAAAAAAAACUUGAAAGUUAACACAGCGUGAUAUCCGGCAGCGACGACGAUCGUUUGUCUCAGCGGAUUCGCCUCUUGUUUACGCUUCAAGUUGGAGGAGCCAGCGGAGAUGAGUGGUCCUGAGGUGGCCAAGACACCAGGAGGGAGUGCGCCAGGGAAGGAGGGCAAAGAGCCGGUGGCCAACGGCCAUGCGGGCGACACCGACGCCAACCCCUUUGCAGAAUACAUGUGGAUGGAGAAUGAAGAGGAGUAUAACAGACAGGUAGAAGAGGAGCUUCUGGAGCAAGAGUUCCUGGACCGCUGCUUCCAGGAGAUGCUGGAGGAAGAGGACCAACACUGGUUCAUCCCGUCGCGUGAUCUCAACAAUCAGGGGGUGGAGCAACUGCAGCAGCAGCUCAACGGCUUGUCUGUCAGCGAACACCACAACAACCUGGAGGAAGUGGCGAGGAAGAGCAUUUUGAACCCCGAAGCGAAGGAGUUCAUCCCUGGGAAGAAAUACUAGGAGUCCCCCUCACCCCCAUGGAGCCUUCACACACAAACACACACCAGUCCUCACCUAUUCUCAAGAGACUCUGGCGGCCAUGAGUGAGCACACUGAUUCUCGCACGCACACACGCACACACUCGCACACACACACAAACUCUAUCUCAAGAAGUACCACUGUGUGGUUAGGCCCAGUUGGGGGGUGAGGGGAUUCUUUCUUUUUUUUCCCCCCUUUCUUUUCAUUUCCUGUUUGUUUCUUGUAAACCGAGUGACAUUUUGGAGCGGGGGUGUUAACAUGUCCAGCCCUACAGCAGGCGCCAGUGCGUCGCUGCACUUCCGAAUACGCGUCAAGGCUUCACAGAGCACGCGGACACGCCUACUAACGUCCCCUGGGAAAAUAAGGCAGCUACCAAGGAGUGAUGCCAGAUUCAACAACUUGAUUCCCCCCAGCCCCAAGUGUAACAAACUUGAACAUCGACCUCACAUACAUUUUGUUUCAUCAAAUUGGGGAUCAACGUUACGAGGUUGAAGGUUUCCAUACCUGUGAGGUGACUUCUUGUACUUUUGGGGGACGGGGUGGGCGUCUCGCUGCUCUGUCCGGCUAUCAAAGACCUGCAAAUUUGCGGGACGCUGCACACGUACGCAAUAACGGCGAUCCAAACUAAAUACUUGUGCAGGCCUGAUUAUGUGGACGGGGUGGGGGAGUAUUUGGCGCGGACCACAGACAUUGCGUAUUUGUUCAGCAUCCCAACAUGUGUCCAUACUCGCAUCAGGUUUUGAAAUAGUCUCUCCUCCACUUUGCAUUUUGUCCUUCUCAUGCCAUUUCAAGGACGGGGGGUGUUUUGUGUCUACUGGGUACAGUGACCUGGGGUGUCUGCUUAGUCGUGUAACGUCGGGGGGAGAUGUGUAGGGGCAUAUUGUCACCGUCAUCGUCUGCCUGGUUUAAACGCCGCUAAGUGGCGGACUGCAAGGCCUCUUGUGUAAUUGGUUGUCCUUUGUAUGAGGAAGUUCUUCUCGUGAGCCCGAUUUGUCGCAAGUCAUAGGAAAAGGUUGCAGGGGUUAAAACAAAAAAAAAAGUUCAAUCAGGUUAAUUUCUCAAUUUCAUUUUUUUUCCUGUGUAAUAAACAUGACUGUUGUUAAGAAGUAGAAAGAUUUCACUUUCGUGACACGGUCAAGUUGAGUUGAACAUCGGGUCAAAGCAGAACUUCCUCAUGUGGCGUGGCACCCCGGUGAAGCGAAUAGGAAUGUUUGCCAGGUGGGUUGUGCAACAUAAAAUCAUUUUUUGGUGAUUUUGUUUCAAGUUAGUUGACAGAAGCCGUAAAAGUAAAGAGGUCCAAAGACACACAGAGUAUUAAUUUCAAUAAAAAGAAUGAAUAAAGAUAUUAAAGGCAAA